AUGGUCCGGGUGCGCGUGCAAGUUGCUGGGCAACAGGUGGAGUUGGCCUGUCCCAAGCGGGAGGCGGCGCACUUCAGGGCGAGGCUGUUGAGCUGUGAGACAGCUGCACGCCUCUUCAGAGAGGCUGACCGGUGCCGGGCAGAGCUUCGCGUUGUCAGGGCUCCGGCGCUGGGCCGGAAGCAGCGGAGGAAUUCGCAGAAGCGCUGGCAUUGUUGCCCACUGGUGCGACGAGCUCCUCACAAUCUUCUCGCGAGCACUGGCCGACCGCGCAUCUUCGUGUCCGCAGUUGUUCGACACUCCAAUAUCGGCCAGUGCGCCGAGAAGGGCCUCUUGAGUGUGGCGCUGUGCCACUCAACGCUCAGGUCUUGUAUGGAGGUUGGAGACGUUGCGUUGCUCAUCUCUUGUUCACGCCAGACUCCGAAGGUCGAGCCACACGUGUACAAGGAGGCCCUGGACGGCAACCGACGGUUGGUGUCGGUGUUCAGAGUCACCGAGCGUUUGUCGCCAGCGGAGUACCACACGCAGUUCGGUGAGCGCACUGACAGUUGGUACAGGAAGAGUCGCAAAGGUGACACUGUGAGGUGGCUGGUGGAUGGCACCGAACUGUCCGAGAGGCCACAUCGGCUCGGUGCUGGCGGCGAGGUGCACAAGCUUGGCGGCUCCGACCUGCGUGGCAUGGUGCUCCUGUCGACCUGUUUUGUGCGCUUCCCUGCAGAUCUCAGUGGCUCACCCGCUCUGCCGGCGAGCUUGACGGACCACCUGGCGAAGAGCUGGAGCUGGCGUGGUCACUACGAGCUCCCCACACGAGUGCUCAUCCGCGCUGGGACAGAGCAGUUGGCUGUGUGGCCGGAGGCACUUACGGGUUUGGGCAAAGGUGCUGGGCGAGCAGAAGUUGCCAGGGCCCAGACCAAGGAUGCGAAGCUGCUGUGCUUGAUGGGGCUGACCAGUGGAGCGAAGGCCAAACCUGCGGCUAAGCCCGCGGCAGCGCCAGCCAAAGCAGAGCCAGAGGCGGCGCCUGCAGACGCAGUGCGGGCCGAGUCCACGGGCAGCCACGCCGGCCCACCGACGCGGCCUGUUCUCCCGAGCGAGGAUUUUGUGGGCGAUGCUGCGCCCAUCAUCACCAAGAUUGUGGAGUGGACCAAGCCGCAGCUGCAGAAGUUGGCUGCAGACAACGGCUGGCUGAAGCCAUCAGAGACCUUGGACGGCCUUGGACCCUUGCCCUUUGCUCCCUCCGGUGCCGACAGGAGCACUUACAAGGAAAGCUUCCACAUGGCAAAUUGUGCCAAAUCUUUGCGGGCCGAGCGGCUCUACGAAGCUGGCGGCUCGAUCCAUUGGUUGCAUAUGCUUCCCAAUAGCAGCUAUGUGCAGGUGUGGUGGCCCGAGGUCAUGGCUGCUACGAACCUUUUGCGCGCUGUCCCUGUCCCGGGCGCAGGGGGGCGAUGCCGAAUGCUGUGGCCCAUGACUAUGGAGGCCUACGUGGCACCAGAGAACAUUCCGGACGAAGCUAGCGGUUGGCCGUGCGGCCUGCAGCUUUUGCACGGGCACAGCCUCGUGUGGGCCUGGUGGUGCCAGGUCUACAAGUGCGUUGUGGACACCGACUUGGAGGCCCUGCGCUUGCUGUGGGAGAGCGCCCUCACUGCCACAGUUUUGAUUCGAGUGCUGGCUGGCCCUGCGGAGGUGGCUGCCGCCAGUGUUGGGGCGGCCAAUGCCGUGGCAGACCUGUCCGCGCUGCAGGACAGCUUCCUCACCUUUGCUCACAAGGUGGCGGCGAUCGUCGAAGGCCUCCCGAAGGCCGAGAAGGCCAACCAGACGAAGACAUUCGGAGCCUUGCAGGCCCGGUUCAAGGACCAGCUGCGCUUUUCCACAAAGCCGCUCAACAAGACCAUGUUGAACGCCGCGCUGGCUGUGGGCAGCAGUGACCUUGCGCAGCUUCGCCCGCAAUCGGCGGAGGAGGGCCAAGAGACCACUGGCCGCGCAGCGGAGGAGGAAUCCAUCGUUGCAGCGGCCAAGAAACAGAUGCCGGAGCGCGAGCACGCCUUGCUGGAUCUUUUCCAGGAGGCUUUGGGUGGCGAGUUUGCCGAAGACCUGGCCAAGAUUUGCGGCGAUAGCAAGGCUGAGCACCAGAAGAUCUUGGAGGCCUUGGAGAAGGACCAGGAGACCGGUCUUGGCCAGCGGGUGGCGACAGCCUGCGCGGCGCUGAGCGAGAGGAAGGUCGAGGAGAAGAAGGCCUCUGCGCCGUCCUUGUCAGUGCGGCAGCUGGCUCGCAUGGGAUCCGACAGUGACACCUUGGAGGCGGAGCGCCUGCAACGGGCACAGAGAGAGCGGGAUGAGCUUUGGGAGAAGGCCGUGGCUGUGCGCAAGACACACGUGAAGAUCGUGAACUUGGCCGAGAUCAAGCCGAAGAAGCCCACGACAGCCAGCGAAUUUGUGAAGGUGAUCUUGCACAACCGCUCUAGCAAGUCGGAGUUGGCAUUGAACGAGAAGCACCGCGGUGUCUUCGUGAGUGCCGAUCUGAUCAGUGACGGUGAUCCUCCUUGGUCGGUGGCCACUAUGUGGAAGGAUGGGCAGCAGAAGUUCAAGCUUUCCCUGGCCACCGUUGGUGAGCUGGGGCAGCGGGAGGCCGAGUUCCACUUCUUGUUCGAUGGCCGGAACAGGGACAGCCGAAAGCAGAUGGAGGAUACGUUCCAGAAGGUGCCCAACACAGAGAUCUGCGAGCUGUGGUUGAGCUACAGCAAGGCUGGGUCAGUGGGCCCAGUCUGGAAGGUGUUCGGCAGCGACGUGGCGAGGGAGAUCGGCUUAGUCCGCUUGCCCGCUGCGCGGGUUCGUCUCUCGUGCAACCCCCGGGAGGACGACUUCUGCCGGAGCGAUGAUGCCACGACGGCUGACUGCACAUACGAAGGUGUGGAGCCGCAGGCUGUGCAGCGCCUGCCGCGGAUCUCUCGGGAGUCGAAAGCGACCAUCCACAACUUGCCGGCAGAGUACGCUCAUGCCCCUGACUGCUGGACCUCGGACGCCGUGCCGCUCUUCUUCCGUGAGCAGCUUCUUGGCCAAGAUUUGGCGAAGCCCGGUGCCUUGUGGGAUGCACUGCUGAAGAAUUUCAGCCUCGCCACUGUGGAGGACCUCUCGCCGGGAAGUGGCUCGCUUGCAACGGCGUGCAUGCGGAGUGGCGUUGGCUGUGUGUGCUACGUGUGGAGCUCGCUGCACGCCACAUGGCUCGGCAACGUGCUGAACCGGGAGGCUGCAAAGCUGAUCGUGGACACCGACAGCGUGCUCUACCAGCAGAGCUUGGCAGAGGCAUUGGCCCAGAUGUUCAGCGACGAGCUGAAGGACGCUGCGGAAGAGGAGCCAGAAGAGCCAGCCGUCGAAGAGAAGUGA